CCCACCCACCCAACGUCAAUGACCGUACAAUGCGUCUUCUCUUUCUUUUGUUGUUUUUUUUUUCUUUCCAUAUGAAUGAAAAAAAAAAAUCUUCUCUCUUAUAUGCACAUUUCGACGCUCAAUUGACUGAAUUCGUUGUUGACGCAACGAGAGCGGAGAAACAGAGGGGACGAGAGAGAAAGCAAGUCAAGAUCCUUUUUUUUUUUUGUGGCCCAGAAUCGAUGGUGUUUUCAUGCGGAAAGAUGGGUUUUUUCUGCUAGCUGUGUGGUGAGACAAAUCCCCGAGCAACGAUGAAGCAGCAUGACCCAGAUGCCAAAACCCUAGAAGAAACAUCUGGGUCGUCGGAAUUCUUCAGCUUUAGCCAGGAAUCUGAUGGGAUGGCUUCAGAUUUUGAAGUUCAUGCACCGGAGUCCACCGGUGGCUUAGGCUUGGAUUGCGUGGGUCCUACCGAAGCAAUCGACAGUAAUGCUGGCGAUAUAGGAGGUGCCGUCGAGAAUUUUCCGGCGAACGAGGGGUCAAAGGAAGAAAACGAGGGUUUAUUAUCUCGAGACGAUGAUACGGUGAGAAAGAUACAAGUUUCCGGAGAGAACUUAUCGCUUGUUGUUGAUUUCAGUGGCUCUUUAACUGUACUUAGUCGUCAGAAUGGUUUUGAUUCUAGCGGUAGUAGCCUGACUGCGAAUGUGAAGAAGGAAAAUGGAGAAGGGGAUGAACACUUAGGGUUUGUGGUGGGUGACAUUGUCUGGGUGUUGACGAAAUACCAGACUUGUUGGCCUGGAGAAGUAGUUGAUUUCAGGGCUGGUGAAAAGGAGAGUCUUUUGGUUAGAUAUUUUGACCAAAGCCAUGUCUCCCUGUGGCUGGCGCCGUCUCGGUUAAGGCCCUUCAACCAGAACAUUGAGUAUAUGUUGAAGCAAGGGAAAGGCAAAAGCUUUACGAGAGCCGUGGAGAAAGUCGUGGCUUUGUUGGGUGAUUCUUUGAAAUUCGAGAUGACUUGUCCGUGUAUUCGCAAAGAACAUGACGAAUCUCGGAAAUUGAAGUCUUCUUCAUUGAGUGAAUUUUCUGUAGAUCGGAUGGAACCAGAAGAGUUUGUUGCCCGGCUGAAGAAUCUCGCCAAAUGUUCUUCGGUUUCUGGAAUACUUGAGUUGACAGUAAUGCAGAGUCGGUUAUCGGUCUUUUAUUCUUUCAAUGGGCAUAAGCAGAUACCAGUGGAUCAACUAUGUGAAGAUGAUGCAGGAAAACGAUGUCCUGUGCCAGCCAAACAGAAGGCAAAGAAGAAGAUUCAAGAAGGAGCGGUUAAGAGGAAGAUGCCUGCAGAUAAAAGCAAAGAUCUUUCCAGUAUCCAGGGGAUGGGAACUCAGGUGUCUGGUCUAGGAAACAAUGUCGGGGACAUUGACAUUGAGAAUCAGAGCUCUUCUGUGUCAAGAAACCGAAAGAGAAGUAAGUAUUUGUCGUAUCCCUUUGUGGGCUCAAAGGCAACAGAAGGUGAAAAGGCCAUGGAAAGUACCAAUCAAUUCAUCGGUUCUUCGUCCACUGUUACCGGGAGUAUCAGGAAGAGGUUCCAGAGAGAAUGGUUCAGGAAAUUUAUGAGUGAAGAAGGCAAUGCAUCUGUCAGAGCCGAGCUAGCAGGUGUGUCUCUGUCUGACUUGAUAUCUGAACUCCGAUUGCUUGCCAUUAACUACCGGUAUUCAAAAGAAACCGAUCAUUUUGGUCUUACCGAGUGGUUCUUCUCCAAAUUUAGAAUGUCUAUGUUUCACGACGAACAUAUUUACGAGAAGCAGUUCAAGAACGAUAUGAUCUUAGCUAAAGAGACAACUCCUGAUGCUGGGCAGGACAUAUCCAAGACAGAGUGUUUGGCAAAAUCAAAUAUCAGACCCGAUAAUGGCCUCUCAGAUGUGAAGUCAGUACCUGGCACAGAUGGGUUUUGCCCGAGUUACUCCCAGGAAGGAAUCUCGGUUCAAACUCUGAGUGAGAAAUCUCCCGAGGCAGAUGCUCCGAGCAGACCUGCUACACUUGUACCAGAACUAAACAAUGGUAGCACUACAUUGAAUUUUGUGGAACCUGGCCAUUCGCAAGGACCGAACAUCUCGGUUUUACCGGAAGUGAGCAAGCUAGGAGGAGAAACAAGACCUAUGAUGUUAAACUUUCAGGUCACAGGCCCGUGUUCAACCGACAAUAUCUCAGGAGCAGGGUUUGUUUUUGUUCAACCGGUUUCAGGCAUAGACCUGAACCUGUCCAAAACUGAUCUCUCCACCCAUUUCACUGACCCAGGGCAGACAAAGAGAAAGCGGAAGAGGAAGAGGAAAGAAGAGCCUCCGUUAGCUACUACUGAAACCGCUACUGGAAUACCCGACUUAAACGGGUUAGCCCCUGAUGCAACCUCACCUCUGCCCCAAGAAAAGCCUGUACAACGCAGAAGACGACGGAAGAAAGAAGAGCUAUCCAAUGGAGAAACCAAAGGAACCACCAUUCUUGUCAUGAAAUUUAUCUCGGGCGACUCGUUGCCUUCCAAGGACGAUCUGACCUCGAAAUUUGCUGGGUUUGGCCCACUGGAUGCAACCGAAACGCACGUUUCAACGGAUUCCGGCAGUGCACAGGUCGCCUUUAUGAGUAGUGGCGACGCCAUAGAGGCCGUCAAAAGCUUAGAGAAGACUAACCCAUUUGGUGAAACGUUAACAAGUUUCAGACUGCAGCAGAAACCAGCGGCCACUUGCAAGAAGGUUGCCCCGAGAAUGCCGGUAAUAUCGGUUAGUUCGGGUUCCAGACCGAGAGAGCCGCCGAUGAGCGUGGAAAUGAUAAGGCAGAAUCUGAUGAUGAUGACGUCGAUGCUGGAGAGAUCCGGCGACAGUUUGUCGGAAGAGAUGAGAGUGAAACUGAGGAGGGAGAUAACAGGUCUUCUGGAAAAGGUGAGCUCCAUGCCCUAACACACAUGGAAACCCUAAUUUAAUCUUUACUUUUUCAGGCUUUAAUGUAGUUUUUGUGUUGAACCCACAUUUUGUGGACUGGUUUUUGUUCCGGAAUUCUCGCAGCUUCUUCUGUUUUCCAGUCUUUUGAUUUGCAUC